AGCAGCAUUUCCUUGUCCGUUCGCCAUUUUUAGCGCUUCUUCAUCUCCCUCACCUAAAAUUCUUCUCAUCUGCCGCACCAGUGUUCUCCGCAAAUACUCACCCGUUUCCACAGCCUUGGCCGGACUUGCAUUUCAAGCAAUUCAUCAGUUCACCGCUCUUCAAUCCCGCCGUUCGCCGGUCAAUCUGCAAGCACAAACCCUAGAAUUUCUGUUCCCUGGUCGCUGAAUCCAGGAGUAGGAAACAUGCCGUUGAUGUCCCGGGCUGGGACGUCAUAUUGCUUGCGUCCAGAUAUGAUUAGAUGUAAUGGUGUUAUGAAAAAUAAUGUGAGGACAACACUUCAAGCAAAUGGAGUUAGCUUGGGUUACUGUUCAUCAAAUAGAAGGAGAGGGUUGCAUUUAGAUUUCUCUGGAUCCGGAACUAGGCGACGAUGCAAGUUGAUUGUUGCUGCAAGUCCUCCAACAGAGGAUUCUGCUACUGCGGCCGAACCUUUAACGAAAGAAGACCUUGUUGGAUAUCUUGCUUCCGGUUGCAAGACAAAGGAGAAAUGGAGGAUAGGUACAGAGCAUGAAAAGUUUGGUUUUGAGUGUGAGACUCUGCGACCCAUGAAGUAUGAACAAAUAGCCGAGUUGCUUAAUAGCAUUGCCGAGAGAUUUGACUGGGACAAGAUAAUGGAGGAUGAAAAAAUCAUUGGACUAAAACAGGGUAACCAAAGCAUAUCGUUGGAGCCUGGUGGUCAAUUUGAGCUUAGUGGUGCACCACUUGAGACUCUGCAUCAAACUUGUGCAGAAGUUAAUUCACAUCUUUACCAGGUAAAGGCUGUUGCAGAGGAGAUGGGAAUUGGAUUUCUUGGAAUUGGUUUCCAACCAAAAUGGGGACUCAAAGACAUACCAAUAAUGCCAAAGGGGAGAUAUGAGAUCAUGAGAAAGUACAUGCCCAAAGUUGGCUCACUUGGACAUGAUAUGAUGUUUAGAACGUGCACAGUUCAAGUGAACUUAGACUUCAGUUCUGAAGCUGACAUGAUAAACAAGUUUCGUGCUGGUCUUUCGUUGCAGCCUAUUGCUACAGCUUUGUUUGCAAAUUCACCUUUUACUGAAGGAAAACCCAACGGUUAUCUAAGUAUGAGAAGUCACAUCUGGACUGAUACAGAUAGAAAUCGCACUGGGAUGCUUCCCUUUGUCUUUGAUGAUUCAUUCGGGUUUGAGCAGUAUGUAGACUAUGCACUCAAUGUCCCUAUGUAUUUUGUAUAUCGAAAAAAGAAGUAUAUUGACUGUACUGGAAUGUCAUUCAGGGAUUUUAUGGUGGGUAAACUGCCUCCUAUUCCAGGAGAAUAUCCUACACUCAAUGAUUGGGAAAAUCACUUGACAACAAUAUUUCCAGAGGUCAGGCUGAAAAGAUACUUGGAAAUGAGAGGUGCUGAUGGAGGACCUUGGCGAAGGUUGUGUGCAUUGCCUGCUUUUUGGGUGGGUUUAUUGUAUGAUGACCUAUCUUUACAAAGUAUUAUCGAUAUGACAGCAGAUUGGACUACCGAAGAAAGAGAUAUGUUGAGGAAUAAGGUGCCUACAAGUGGUUUGAAUACACCAUUUCGAGAUGGUUUGCUCAAGCACGUUGCUCAAGAUGUGCUAAAGUUGGCAAAAGGAGGCCUGGAAAGACGAGGCUUUAAGGAAACAGGAUUUCUGAAUGAAGUAUCUGAAGUGGUCAACUCAGGCAUUACCCCCGCGGAGAAGCUCCUGGAUCUGUACUAUGGUAAGUGGGAACAGAAUGUUGAUCCUGUUUUUGAGGAGCUGCUUUAUUGAGGAUAACAGAGAAUCCAUUUAAGCCCUGUUUGGUGUUUACAUUUGUAAUGCAACCAUUCUUCAACUUUCUGAACAAAUGCUGUGCAUACAGCCAAACAGAGCUGCGUGUAUUGAAUAGCACUGAAAUAAAUAAGGCUCAGCCGGGUCUCUAUUCGGAUCCAGUUUUCCGAGUUGCAUUAUACACUAACCUUGUCUGGCUAGCUAGCUGCUGUGUUGGCUGUUUGUUACUUUGACUGGUUGAUUUUAUUACCUCUUUAAGAAGUUAUGGUAAAAGUAUUCGU